AUGGAAGAGAAAGAACGCGCCCAACAACACACAAAACCGUCAGAACAGCCAUCAAAACUUCCAAAACCUCCAAGUGAAGGACAUGAAAAAACAAAACGGAAAUAUUGUUUUAAUAAAGAAAAGAAAGAAAAAAGAGAUGCAUCUUUGGCUGGUUCUAAUUGUAGAAAGUAUGGUGUUAUCAGGUACGGAAAAACAGAGGAAAAUGAACCUUUAUAUUAUUGUCCAUUCUGUGGCUCUUCAAUGGGAAAGUCGAGUGUGAGAAUUCAUUUUGAUAAGUGGCACUUAGGCACAAACUCUCCGAGGCCUGUUGAAGACAUUGCAGUCAAAUAUGUUAAAGAACAAUAUAAUAAUUUCCCAGGACUAUACACGGCUCUUGCCAAGUUUUCUAAUCCACUUAAUGAAAUGGAAUCCGUCGGUAAAAAGCCUCGAAUUGUUUCGGAGUUAUUUACGCUAGAAAAGGCGAGAAAACAAGUCGAAUUUGCUCUUACAUUGAUUCGGCUCAGUAGCGAAGAACAAAAGGGGGUUGUCAUAGAUGACAAGUUCAAACCCAAUAAUACUAUGUAUAGCUCUGAUGAAUAG